AUGCAGCCGCUGCUCAUCUAUUUGCGCUGGGGCAUCAGUGCCGACUCAGAGGCCCCUUGUUACUCAAACUCCUUGUCAGGCCGAGUCAGUUCUUCCUCGGUUACCGAAUCCCGCCAGAAGGUGGAGAGUACUGAAAUGCCACCCACAGAUGAGUGCAUGAAGAGACUGCGUGAGGCCCCAGCUUCACCAUCACUGCCCAGUGGGGAAUCCUGUGUGAAGCAAGGAGCAACUCUGCCAGGCCCCCCGGAACUGGAGCAGGAGGCGGCCACUGCUGUGUCCUCCCCCUCCCUGGAGAAGAGCUGUGAGCUGGCAGACCAUCGGGUGACCAGCAUCCUCAGCUUGUGGUUCUGGGGUCCAGAGGCGGUUUUUCCAGCCCUCCUCCUGGGUAUGAAGUCCUGUGGCAGCCACACGCCCACUUUCAACUGCAUCCCAGAGGGUGACGUCCACAUCCAGAAGGACUGUUUGCCCGCAGGGUGCUGCCCGGGGGAAUGGCACGUACCCCAUGCCGCCAGCAGGAUGUGGGGAGAGGUCGGGAGCUCUGGUGGCCCCCAGGACCAGGACCGAGCUCAAGAUCAGAGCUCCUCCUGGCCGCACGUACUCAGCACAGGGCGGGGCUCCAUCCUGGUCUCCCUGCUCACCGUCGGCCUGCGUGGAUCAGCACGCAGGAGGCUGACUCUUCAGAAACCAUCAGAUAAGGAGGGCAUCCGGGCCGUGACGGAAGGAGACGCAGACCCGGGAUUUCUUCUGCAGCCCGGAAACACAGCCAGUGGGAAGUUCUCGGCUUCACAGACCUGGCUGUAG